AUGUAUGCUCACAACUUUUAUCAAGGUACACCCUUCGUCAAGCAAGCUGGCUCGGCGGAUCAGACCCUGAACCCCACGUCACUACCUUGGCCCGAGAGACAAGGUCGUAGCAAGGAAAUUACCAAGGAUGCCGCCGAGGAAGAAAGCAACCGCUACGGGUCAGUUGUGAUUCGACGCUCGUCCGCGUACACGCUCACGAAACCCCACGAUAUUGACGAAGAGCUUCUCGCGGAUGAGAAAAGUCGUCCAACAAGAGGGUACAAAGCUGUAGCUAGGUCCUGGCGCGAGGAUCAUGAUGGCCCUUCUAGCUCAAAGUCAGUCAACCACGUGUCCGCACGAGGAGGAGAAAGGAUCCUGGUCUGCCGAUGUGCAACAGUGCACAACGACCAUCUUCGAGGAGACACAGGAGGCCGUUGGCAAGCGGAAACAGCGGAGGUGGGCACCUUCGCACACAUUAUUGCCGCUCUAUAUCUGCUGAUACAUGGUAGCACGGAACAAGAGGGAAAGGUUCUGGCUCUGCUGAGCCAGACCUAUCCAUCUUCAAAACCCCACCAGUCUUCAGUCGGAGAUGGGAGGGCGAAGCCGGAGCUCUACACCAUCGGCUCUCGGGUUAUGCAACGAUGUCAUCAACUUCUGGAGCUCUACCGUGAGUUCAACACGCAACUAGCGGAUGACAGUAACAAUGUAGACGACCCCGAAUGGCUGCACGAUGCCGAGCGCAUGUCAGAAAUGCUCGAACGGGGUAAUCAGUUUGGCAAAGAAUUGGUGGACACAAUGGUGCAGCCUGUAAAGCAGCCACGCUUGCCAAUGAUAGACGCCGAAAACGCCAAAGACACAGAUUUGAUGGCAAUCGAGAUGUUCGAUGGCGCGGAGAUGCUGUUGGACGACACUUGGGGACGCACUGUCAGGAUCCAUCUGGAUGCAUUUGAGACUCUUCUUGGUAAAGAGGCCGAUCAUUUAUGA